UAAAGCAGAGAAAGAGAAUGAGCAGUUAUAAUGCGCUUCAGUCAGAUGCACAGGCAGAAGCACCAGGUUCCAUAUUAUCAACCUCAAGGUGACCUUUUGUGUUAGCCUCUUUCAUUCAAGAUCAUCAGCACCAGAACAAUAAAACCAGAGCAGCAACUAUCCUGCUUCAGCUAUUGGCAAUUUUGGGAAUGCUCUUUGGAAAUUUUCAAUCCAACUGACAUUUUUGAGGAUUAACAUUGAUACCACUCAAUCAUCUUUUCACAAUCCCAGGAUUUUUAAAAAGUGAACUGGGGGAGAUUACAAAAGUCUGAGGAAAAACUCAUACAAUACAGCAAGCAAAUGUUCAACUAAAGGAUUUAUUUGAGAAGGAAGACAAGAUGCCUUUUGAGGUAUUUAAUUCAUUAAGGGAGAGAUUUUUAAAGCCUGGGAAGGAAGAGGUGAAGAAUACUGUUAGUGACUCACUGGGACACUUCCAAAGAAAAAUUGAUGGAACCAAUCUAGAAGAAGAUAACAUAGAAUUGAAUGAAGAAGGAAGACCUGUGCAAGCAGCUACUCACAAACCUCCCUUAUUUGACUGCCACUGCUGUGGACUGCCCAAGCGCUACAUCAUUGCUAUUAUGAGUGGCCUGGGGUUUUGCAUUUCUUUUGGAAUUAGAUGCAAUCUUGGUGUUGCUAUAGUAGAAAUGGUUAACAACAACACAAUCUAUGUUGAUGGAAAACCAGAAAUUGAGAAAGCACAAUUCAGCUGGGAUCCAGAGACAGUAGGACUUAUUCAUGGUUCAUUUUUCUGGGGUUACAUUGUAACACAAAUUCCAGGAGGCUUCAUUGCAAACAAACUAGCAGCCAACAGAGUAUUUGGAGCAGCUAUUUUCUUAACGUCCACAUUAAACAUGUUCAUUCCUGCAGCUGCCAGAGUCCAUUAUGGCUGUGUUAUGUUUGUAAGAAUUUUACAAGGUCUUGUAGAGGGUGUGACCUACCCAGCUUGCCAUGGGAUGUGGAGUAAAUGGGCUCCUCCAUUGGAGAGAAGCAGGCUAGCAACCACAUCUUUCUGUGGUUCUUAUGCUGGGGCAGUAGUUGCCAUGCCACUAGCAGGUGUGCUGGUACAGUAUAUAGGAUGGUCAUCAGUCUUUUAUAUAUAUGGAAUGUUUGGGAUUUUCUGGUACAUGUUCUGGCUUUUGCAUGCCUACGAGAGCCCAGCUGCACACCCAACAAUAACCAGUGAGGAAAGAACUUACAUAGAAACAAGUAUAGGAGGAGCCAAUCUAGUAAACGCAAGUAGAUUUAGUACACCAUGGAAACAGUUUUUCACUUCAAUGCCAGUUUAUGCAAUCAUUGUGGCAAACUUCUGCAGAAGUUGGACUUUCUACUUGCUGCUUAUAAGUCAGCCUGCUUACUUUGAAGAGGUCUUUGGAUUUGCAAUAAGUAAGGUUGGCCUUUUGUCUGCAGUUCCACACAUGGUCAUGACAAUUAUUGUACCCAUUGGAGGGCAGCUGGCUGACUUUUUACGGAGCAGGAGGAUUUUAACAACUACUGCAGUAAGAAAAAUCAUGAACUGUGGAGGAUUUGGGAUGGAAGCUACCUUGCUUUUGGUGGUUGGCUAUUCUCACACAAGAGGUGUGGCUAUCUCUUUCUUGGUUUUGGCAGUAGGCUUUAGUGGUUUUGCUAUUUCAGGAUUUAAUGUCAAUCAUUUAGAUAUUGCACCCCGCUAUGCCAGCAUCCUCAUGGGCAUCUCCAAUGGAGUAGGGACAUUGUCAGGGAUGGUGUGUCCCCUCAUUGUUGGUGCAAUGACUAAACAUAAGACCCGUGAAGAAUGGCAAAAUGUCUUCCUAAUAGCUGCCCUUGUUCACUAUAGUGGAGUGAUAUUUUAUGCCAUUUUUGCUUCUGGAGAAAAGCAGGAAUGGGCUGAUCCAGAAAGCUUGAAUGAAGAGAAAUGUGGAAUAAUUGACCAAGAUGAACUGGCUGAAGAGACUGAUCUGAACAGUGAUAGUUUUGUUAGCCCAAAGAAAACAUAUGGUGCUACUUUCCAGAAUGAUGAAAUAAGAAGGAAAGUGUUGCAAAAGCAAAAGGAAGUGAUGCAAGAUCUAGAAGAACAGACUUCUUACCAAUAUGAAAAUGGAAACUUUCAAGAUACAUUAUAAUAUCUGAGCAUAUAUUAUUUGUGUAAUCAUUACCUACCCUGUCCAGAACCAAGCAGUAUCUCUUAUUGUUUCGUUGUUAUUUUGUGAAUAAUCUUGCCAAAUGGCUAGCUGUGAUAUAGUAAUUUUCAACCUGUAGCACAGAAAAAGAACAAAAUUGGGGUGUCUGGUAUCCCUAUAUUCAGCCCUUGGAGUCAGAUUUCUUUGUGGAGGCCACACUUGUUUUAUAUUAUGCAAACCUUCAAUAUUUAUUUUCACUGUUUCUAGAUCACUUUUCAACUCAACUGUUCAUCGGAUGGUCAUUAUAAAAGAUGAGGUUCUAAGCAACAGCAAUCUAUGAAAGCAAUCAUGUUCUUGGCUGCAACGUCAUCACCACCCAUCUGUUUAUUAGAAAUUUCUGCUGCACCUAGUAUCCUGUAAGAAAGGAAGUGCUAUGGUAGAGGAUUAUGCAGUGCUUUAAUCAAAUGAUAAUGAAAACCAUUCAUUAGAUAUAAUUUUAGAAAGCUACUGGAUAGAUUUUCACUUCUCAACUUUCAUUUGCUGGUACAGACAACCUGAAUGUCCAUGAAAGAGAUAUUUUUCAAAACUCUUCAGAAUAUAUCUGAAUGUUCUAAUAACAGUUAUGAUUUCAAUGUCCAUAUUUCUAGAUGCAUAACUUCAGGAUGGCUGAUAUAUAAAUAUGUACAAACUAUGGGACCCUGUGCUAUUCUUUCACCUCUGUAAUGAUAUACCAACUUGUAAAUGAAGGGUCCAGUCUAAGGACACCUGCACAAAUGCCACUGAAAUAAUUGAGUUAUUUGUGCAAGAGAGUAGGAAUGGUCUCCUUCAUUUCAAUUAUGCUUGCAUAGAUGAAGUUCCCAUUAGGCUGGCCUUUUGUUAUACAAUGCACUUAGAGGAAUGAAGAAUUUUUAUUGUUUAAUCAAAUGAUUAUUACAAUAACUUCUUCACACGCAACAGCAUGUUUAAUAUUACUGAAAGGUUCUAGAUCUUCCUCCACCAUUUAUGACAACUGUAUGGGAAGCAUGCUGUGUCCCUUUGAACUCAUUAAUGGCUUUAAAGAGCUCACAGUGUUUUCUAACUGAAGAAUUUUCUGACUGAAGAAUUUCAGUAAAUGAUGGAUUUAUUUGUAUCACAUUAUGACUCUCAGUAAAUUCAAA